AUGGCAAAUUCCAAAAGAGCUGAAGAGAUGCAAGAAAAUUAUCAAAGAAAUGGAACACUACAGGAACAACUGCCAUCUGCAGUUGUUUCCCAGCUGCCUGAAGUGGGAAUGCAAGCUGUUGGAUCCAUUGAGAUGUUCUGCUUUGCUGAUGGACUGGACAUCACAUUCAUGAUCCUGGGAAUACUGGCAUCACUGGUAAAUGGAGCCUGUCUCCCUUUAAUGUCACUGAUUUUAGGAGAAAUGAGUGAUAACCUAAUUAGUGGAUGUCUAGUCCAAACCAACACAACAAAUUAUUGGAACUGUAAUCAGUCUCAAGAAAAGCUGAAAGAAGAUAUGAUUGUUGACCUGUAUUAUGUUGGAAUAGGAAUUACUGCCUUGAUUUUUGGCUAGAUACAGAUUUCCUUUUGGGCCAUGACUGCAGCACAACAGAUCAAGAGAAUUCAAAAGCAGUUUUUUCAUUCAGUUUUGGCGCAGGACAUCAGCUGGUUUGAUGGCUGUGACAUCAGUGAGUUUAACACUCGCAUGACUGAUGACAUCAACAAAAUCAGCGACGGUAUUGGAGACAAGAUUGCUCUGUUAUUUCAGAACACAUCUACUUUUUCUAUUGGCCUGGCGAUUGGUUUGGUGAAGGGCUGGAAACUCACCCUGGUGACUCUGUCCACGUCUCCUCUUAUAAUGGCUUCAGCAGCAGGGUGUUCUAGGAUGGCCCUCCCAUUGACCAGUAAGGAAUUAAGUGCCUAUUCCAAAGCUGGGGCUGAAGCAGAAGAAGUCUUCUCAAUCCAAACAGUUGUAACCACUGGGGCACAAGAGAAAGAAAUUCAAAGGCAUACACAGAAUCUAAAAGAUGCAAAGGAUGUUGGCAUAAAAAAAACUAUAGCACCAAAACUGUCUCUUGGUGCUGUGUACUUCUUUAUGAAUGGAACCUAUGGACUCACUUUUUGGUAUGGGACCUCCUUGAUUCUUAGUGGAGAAUCUGGUUACACCAUUGGGACUGUUCUUGCUGUUUUCUUUAGUGUAAUCCACAGUAGUUAUUGCAUUGGAGCAGCAGCCCCCCACUUUGAAAACUUCCCUAUGGCCUGAGGAGCUGCCUUUAAUAUUUUCCAGGUUAUUGAUAAGAAACCCAGAAUAAAUAACUUUUCAAUAACUGGAUAUAAACCUGAAUGCAUAGAAGCAACCGUGAAAUUUAAAAAUGUUUCUUUUCAUUUUCCAUCAAGACCAUCUAUCAAGAUUCUAGAAGGUCUGAAUCUCAAAAUCAGCUCUAGAGAGAUAGUAGCCUUGGUUGGCCCCAGUGGCAGUGGGAAGAGCACAGUAGUCCAGCUUCUGCAGAGAUUAUACAAUCCUGAUGAUGGCUCUAUCAUGGUGGAUGAGAAUGACAUCAGAGCUUUAAAUGUGCAGCAUUAUCGAGAAUAUAUUGGAGUCGUCAGCCAAGAGCCUAUUUUGUUUGCGACCACCAUCGGGAACAACAUUAAGUAUGGACGAGAUGGCGUGACUGAUGAAGAGAUUGAGAAGGCAGCAAAGGCGGCAAAUGCUUAUGAUUUUAUAAUGGAGUUUCCUAAUAAAUUUAAUACAUUGGUGGGAGAAAAAGGAGCUCAAAUAAGUGGAGGGCAGAACAGAAUCACAAUUGCUCGAGCUUUAGUUCGAAACCCCAAUCUGAUCUUAGAUGAGGCUACAUCUGCCCUAGAUACAGAAAGUGAAGCAGUUGUUCAAACUGCACUGGAGAAGGCAAGCAAAGGUCAGACUACGAUUGUGGUAGCACACCGACUUUCCAGUAUUCGAAGUGCAGAUCUGAUUGUGACCAUAAAGGAUGGGAUAGUAGUGGAAAAAGGAAGACAUUCUGAACUAAUGGCAAAACAAGAUCUAUAUUAUUCACUUGCAAUGUCACAGGAUAUUUAAAAAGCUGAUGAACAGAUGGAGACAAUGACGUAUUUUUCUGAAAGAAAUACCAGCUCAGUUCCUCUGUGCUCUAUGAAUAGCAUCAAGUCAGACUUCACUGACCAGUCUGAGGAAUCCAUCCAAUGUAAAGAGACAAGUCUUCUUGAAAUUUCUCUAUUAAAAAUUUUUAAACUAAACAAAUCUGAAUGGCUUUGUGUGGUUCUCGGGACACUGGCUUCUGUGGGGUCCAUGAUACGAAGGUUACCUAAUAUGUUUGAAAAUGAUGAUAAAACCACAUUAAGGUAUGAUGCAGAAAUUUAUUCCAUGAUAUUGCCAUUUUGGGUGUUAUUUUGCUUUGUCAGUUAUUUCAUGCAGGGAUUGUUUUAUGGCAGAGCAGGGGAGAUUUUAACCAUGAGAUCAAGACAGUUGGCAUUUAAAGCCAUGUUAUAUCAGGAUAUUGCCUGGUUUGAUGAUAAAGAAAACAACACAGGAACCUUGACAACAAUAUUAGCCAUAGAUAUAGCACAAAUUCAAGGAUCAACAGGUUCAAGGGUUGGUGUCUUAACACAAAAUGCAUGUAACAUGGGACAGUCAGUUAUCAUUUCCUUCAUGUAUGGAUGGGAAAUGACGCUCUUGAUUCUGAGUAUUGCUCCAGUACUUGCUCUGACAGGAAUGAUUGAAACCUCAGCAAUGACUGGAUUUGUCAACAAGGAUAAAUUUAAGCAUGCUGGGAAGAUAGCAGCUGAAGCUGUGGAGAAUAUACGUCCUAUAGUGUCAUUAACAAGAGAAAAAGCCUUUGAGAAAAUGUAUGAAGAGACUCUUCAGACUCAACACAGAAAUACAUUAAAGAAAGCACAAAUUAUUGGAAGCUGUUAUGCAUUCAGCCAUGCUUUUGUAUAUUUUGCCUAUGCAGCAGGGUUUCGAUUUGGAGCCUAUUUAAUUCUAGCCGGACGAAUGACCCCAGAGGGCAUGUUAAUAGUUUUUACUGCAAUCGCUUAUGGAGCUAUGGCCACUGGAGAAACACUUGAUUUUGCACCUGAAUAUUCCAAAGCUAAAUCUAGGGCUGCACAUCUCUUUGCUUUGCUGGAAAAGAAGCCAACUAUAGACAGCUACAGCCAAGAAGGGAAAGAACCAGACACAUGUGAAGGGAAUUUAGAGUUUCAAGAAGUCUCUUUCUUCUAUCCAUGUUGCCCAGAUGUUUUCAUCUUUUGGGACUUAUCCCUCAUUAUUGACAAAGGGAAGAUAGUCACAUUUGUUGGGAGCAGUGGCUGUGGGAAAAGCACUUCUGUUCAACUUCUGCAGAGAUAAUAUGAUGCUGUGAAAGGCCAAGUGCUACUUGACGGUGUAGAUGUGAAAGAACUGAAUGUACGGUGGCUCCAUUCCCAGAUAGCAAUCGUUUCUCAAGAGCCUGUGCUCUUCAACUGCAGCGUAGCCCAGAACAUUGCCUAUGGUGAUAACAGCCAUGCGGUUCCAUUAGAGGAGAUCAAGGAAGUGGAGGCAGCAAAUAUCCAUUCUUUUAUUGAAGGUCUCCCUGAGAAAUAUGACACACAAGUUGGACUGAAAGGAACACAGCUUUCUGGUAGCCAGAAACAAAGGCUGGCUAUUGCAAGAGCUCUUCUCCAAAAACCAAAAAUUUUAUUGUUGGAUGAGGCCACUUCAGCCCUUGAUAAUGAGAGUGGAAAGGUGGUUCAGCAAGCCCUUGAUAAAGCCAGGAGGGGGAGGAUGUGCCUAGUGGUCAGUCACAGACUCUCCACAAUACAGAAUGCUGAUUUGAUAGUGGUUCUGCACAAUGGAAAAAUAAAGGAACAGGGAACUCAUCAAGAGCUCCUGAGAAAUCGAGACAUAUACUUUAAGUUAGUAAAUGCACAGUCAGUGCGUUGA